CAUGGAGCAGGAGCAAUUGUGUCUUGAUGGAACGACGACUGCUCAGAAUAGCGACGGAACAAGCUGGGUAUCAGGAUAUCAGCAGUGGCCAUGGUUCCCCAUGCAUUCAUAAAUCAUAAGAAAGGCUACAAUAAGAAGGACCCACCUUCCACAUCAAUACAGCUAUACAAUGUGUCGUCAAGCGUGGAUGCACCGUGGUACACGACAAGUUGGCAGACGCCGUGAGUCGUGACAGAUUGUCAUGUCUCUUUUUUUUUCAGUCGUGGUACUCUCACCUCAGCUUCUUUCUGAUUUGGAUCCGAAGCGUACUUCUUUACUGAACUAAUCACGCUGUUCACGGCUUGACUGCGAGAGACACGACAAGUUUGUUCGUCGCUAUCGGCUAUUCAGUUAGGCGACCGUGGGAGGUGCGGCUUUUGCCUCGCUAGGGACUCGCUCGACGCACUGCGAUUCUGCGAAGCCUUCUUUCUUCGAUCCACAGCAACUCGGCAAGCCGGUCUGAUCUGCCACGGCCAUGGAGUUCCGCGACGACGAGGUAGUGGUUGGCUGCGACGCCUUCCGCAUCUACCGGAGCGGCAAGAUGGACCGCCUCCACCGCCCGGAGCGCGUGCCCGCCGGCCUCGACCCGGCCACCGGCGUCACGUCCAAGGACGUCGUCCUCGACGCCGGCACCGGCCUCUCCGCGCGCCUCUUCCUCCCCCGGCUCGGCGCGCGCGGCUCCUCCUCCGGAAAGCUCCCCGUCCUCGUCUUCCUCCACGGCGGCGCGUUCCUGAUCGAAUCCGCCGUCUCGCCGCAGUACCACGGCUACGUCGCGUCCCUCGCCGCCGCGGCCGGCGUCCUGGCCGUCUCCGUCGAGUACCGCCUCGCGCCCGAGCACCCGGUCCCCGCCGCCUACGACGACGCCUGGGCCGCGCUCCAGUGGGCCGCGGCGGCGCGGGACGAGUGGCUCGCCGACCACGGGGACGUCGCCCGCCUCUUCCUCGCCGGCGACAGCGCCGGCGGCAACAUGGUGCACAACGUCCUGGUCCGGCUGGCCUCCGCUCCCCACCCGGCUGCGCCUAGGAUCGAGGGCGCGAUACUCCUGCACCCUUGGUUCGGAGGGAACACGUUCGUCGACGGCGAGGAUGCGACAAAGGCCAAGGAGAUGGCCAUGGUCUGGGAGUUCGCGUGCCCCGGAGCGGCGGGUGGCGCGGACGACCCGCGGAUGAACCCGAUGGCGCCGGGCGCGCCGCCGCUGGAGAGCCUGGGGUGUCGGCGCGUUCUCGUGUGCGCCGGGGAGAAGGACUGGGCGACGGCGAGGGUCCGCGCGUACUACGCAGCCUUGGCCGCGAGCGCGUGGCCCGGGAGCACCGCGUGGCUCGAGUCGGAAGGGGAGGGGCACGUCUUCUUCCUCGAGAAGCCGGAGUGCACCAAUGCUAGGGAGCUCAUGGACCGCAUCGUCACGUUCGUCGACGGAUCCUGAGCACCCAGCUAGAGUGGCGCUACGCGCAAUGGCGAUUCGAUCUGUGUUUGUAUGAUUCCGUUUCAGAGUUGGAGGAACGAUUUGAUUUGUACUCCUAUUUGUAGGCUGCUUCUUACUAGAGGAUAUCGAUUCCUUUGAGACAGAGGAUGCCAAUCUGAAACUGAAAAUUAGUCAACGUGCGCGUUUGCAUUUUGUAUACA